AUGGCUGGCGACAGUACUCGCGAACCUUCUCUCCCUGCAAACGACGACGACGGAGCCUCUACCAACAGCGAGGCCACCGAGGACUCUGAACACGACAACUUGGAACAGCAAAAGAAAGCCGCUGCGAAGGACCUGUAUCAGAAGUCAAUCGCUCAAGAGACUCGCCACCUCCUUCGUCACCAGAUCUGGUCUAAUUCGUACGAGAAGUAUGGUUGGCAGCCGUUUGAUCCAGCAUCGUAUGCUCCGCCCAAGGCGCUUCUUCAAGACCCACAUAACUACUUCUACGCGAACCUUCGUAGAAAACAAGCCUCUGAUUCGCCUGAGAUCGUUCUAAGCCAUUUCGGCGAGGUUCUAUUGUCGUUUCUCCGGGCGGCAUACGGUAACCAAUUCCACAGAUCAAAUCCGGAGAAGAAGGUCGCGUCUUUCUUCGAAGAUGUUCAUGAGAAUAAAUUCGGUCGUUGGCUCGGGGAUGCUACAUGGGCUUUGAACGUGUUGGAGACUGGCGGGAGCGAAUCAGCCGAAGCGCGAGACAUGGUCAUCAGUCUUGGGUGUGUCGAUGCGAAGAAAUUCGACUUCGCGGAUAGCGAGGUGAUUGUGUUUUUGAAGCAGCUGGUCGAACAGUUGUCCACCCUCAAGGACUACCUGGAGAAGCAGUUCGAACCGACAAAGAAUGAAUUAGCCGGGCUUGUAACCUACGGCCAUAUCACGUUCGACCUCCUCAAAUACCAUUAUCGAGUUGGAGAAACCUUAGCCACCCCUGGGCCAGGCGAGAAGCUCAUCGCCUUUGUCGUUACGAAGAAGUCGUACAUCCCAACUACAGCAGGCCCAAUGUUUGUUCUUGAUGGCUAUGGGUACCACUGGAAUGGGGACCGAUACAAGGCAUAUUCUGUUGAACGACAGGUUGUUGGAUUUGAGGGGACGACCGAUAUCAAGGACCUCACCUGCCAGAAGCUAACUUCUGCUGCGAAAGAGGCAUUGACCGAAAGAGGAAAGAUUUAUGCGUCCUGUGCGGGGGUUCACUAUCGAAACUAUCAAGGACGUCGUGUUAUUGUUGAUGCUAAAGGAGCAAAGAAUCCUUCCGGAUACACUCGAAAACCUGACGAAGAAAUCCCUGAAUGUGACUCGGAAAAGAUUCACCUUCUUCCGCCUGACAUGAAAGGUUUCAAUCUCGCCCAGAAGUAUUGGUCAUCUCUUUUCGUCGAAGAUCUAUCUCUCGUCAUCUGUGAUGAAAAUGCAUGGGAUCAUCUGGUGUUGGAGGGAGACAUCAAGACACUCAUCAGAUCGUUGGUCAAAGUGACCCGCAACUCGACCUCUGGGAAAGCCCUUGUUCAAGACGUCAUCAGUGGAAAGGGCGGAGGACUGAUUGCCGUACUUCACGGCCCUCCCGGGACUGGAAAGACGUUGACCGCAGAGGCAGUGGCAGAGCACCUGAAGCGCCCGCUGUACAUGGUCGGUGCCCAAGAGUUAUCCACCGACUCCCCUUCGUCUUUGGAAUCGAGUUUGAAGACCAUCCUAAGUCUCGCCACCGCCUGGGAUGCUGUCCUUCUCAUCGACGAAGCAGAUGUUUUCCUUGAGAAACGCAGUAUGCACGAGAUCCAAAGGAAUGCCCUCGUCUCAGUUGCUCUCCGGGUCCUCGAGUACCACCGUGGGGUGUUGUUCCUGACCACGAACAGAAUCACGUCUUUUGAUGAUGCCUUUCUUUCGCGCUUUUCUGUCGCCGUGAAGUAUCCUGAACUGAACCAGAGCGCUCGUAUCUCUGUUUGGCAAAGAUUUUUGGAGAUGGCCGGUUGUAACAUACACGACAGCGAAGGCUCCUUGAAUCAAGACGAUAUCGUCGAACUUGCAGAGAGGCCAUUCAACGGCCGUACGGUUAAAAACCUUGUCAGGACGGCUCAAGCUCUCGCACUCGCUGCCGAGGAACCGCUUGCUAUCAAACACGUAUGGGUUGUUGUGCGUGCUCAGGAGAAGUUCUUGCGUGAAUUUGCCGCUUGAACGAGCGUGACAGGAGAGCGGAGAACAGAUGCCGGAGGGCGGUUUACUGGCCGUGAAGAGCGGCCAACAUCGUUCACGUCCUACGUCGCUCGCUCUACGACUACGAUCGACUUCGAUGCCAUCAGGCCCUGCGAGCGAUACAGUAGCAGACCUCGAAGACUUCAGCGACUUCGAAUCAUUCUCACCCGAAUCCGCCUUUGCUAUGUCUUCUGUAGGAUCUGCUCUGAAUCCCGAGCCCCAAGUGGAACUUCCUAUGCAUUUUCGUGGGGAACAGGCUGCGUCGUUUCGGCAGAGUAGCAAGUUUUACUUCCACGAGGAUAUGAUCAUAGUGCGGCUUUCUACCGUCGUAUGCGAUUCCGUCAAACAGGGGCAUACUUUACCGCUAGACGGCGUUCGCCCAGCCGAGUUCGAAGCAUUUCUUUCGGUGCUAUACCCGACUGACUUCGAACACGGCGACGUCCACUCCGUCGAAGACUGGAUAUCCGUCUUACGUCUCUCCACUCGCUGGGGGUUCGAAUCCAUUCGCCGGCUUGCUAUUCACCGCCUGGGCCUCAUCGCCUGCCCGAUCGACAAGAUCAUAGAGGGCAAGGCCUGUGGCGUAGAAGAGUGGCUGGUCCAGAGCUUUGCAGACGUAUGCAACAGAGCCGAGUGCUUGACCACGGAGGAAGGAAGACGGCUGGGCGUGGACGAUGCCGUGUUCAUUAUGCGCAUGCGCGAAAGCGUGAGGGAAGUCGGCGGAAUUUCCUUGCGUUCGAACACAUUCCAGGACACGUUCGCGCAUAGCGUCAGAGAUCUCGUCUUGCCUACUCCAUUCCAUCCCGUUAUCCCCCCUUCGGUGCUGCCUCACCAAGUGCAAAAGGACUGGCGAGAUAUUUGUGGAGUAUGUGGUAAUGAGAAUGAAUGCGCUGAGUCAUCGAGGGAGGGUCAGUCAGGUGUCUUGAAAGGGGAGAAGUAUAAGAUUUCGACGGUUCCAAAGGAGACGGAAGGACUUUUUUUUUCGUGCGAGACGGAGGAACAUGUAAGGCCGGUAAAGAAGAGCAGGAAAUCGAAGUCGAGGAACGUCGGAGGGGGGAUGCUCAGUGGUGUAGAUUGCGAUAUUCCAAGAGGUGAUGGCGCUUUCAAAUGUCGUGUUACGGACGCUGAGAUGGGGUCAUUUCUCCGGACACAUUCUAGUGCAGAUGAUGUGUUGCCAGUGGAACCUAUCGGUGAUACUUCGAAUAUCAACAGCGUCCUGCAGCUCCGUAAUUCACCUACUCCCACAUUACACGUCGUUACUGCUACAUGA